AUGACCAGCAUCACCAAGCUCCCGAAAGAGAUCUGGCUUGGGGUCUUCUCACAUCUCGACUACACUGUGCUCAAGACUUGCAUGCGCGUCAACAAGGAGUUCAAGUCGUUCACCGAGUUCCCCGCUUGCCAGAAGGAGAUGUUCCGUUCCAAGGCAGUCAUCCAAGAGGGAGGCACCAUCGAUCUAGACAAUCUUCGUCUACAUCCAGCAUUCGACUACAUGUCGUACUUUUGCACUGGAGAGCUUGCAGAUGUGGAGUUCCACAACAGCGACUACACCAACACAACUGUCCUUACUAAGACUUGUGCUGCUGAGGAACAUGCUACCGACCCUCCUGUCGCAUACAUCCGCAUCCAGAUCCACUCGUGGAAGCCUAUGCAAAUCAAGAACAAGACGGGCGUUACGGUCUAUCAGGUCAUGAGGUCUCUCUGCCGCUUCUUCUCCCAGGCCGACUACCGUGACAGACUGGGCGAUCACUUUGUUUGGAAUGGCUGGGAUUUCAGACACCUCGACGACGAAGGCCGUCUCUUCCUCCCGAAGUUCAUGUUCGAUUCCUGA